AUGAUCGCUGUGCCCCGCACUUGCCCUGCUGUCUCGCGCCUCCGUUACCUCGCGCGCUGCCUUGCGCGCUGCCCCAAGCGCCCCUGCUGCCCCGCACUUUGCACCCCUCUCUACCUAAUCCGCCCCUUCACCCUCCUCUUCCUCUCCUCUCUCCCUCCUUUCCCCUCCUCACCUCUCUCUCUCCUCCGCCUCUCUCCUCUCCCCAUCUGCCACAGCUGGUUGCUGAUCUUACCCCGUGGUCGUGCUCGUUCUCCCACUUUCCCUCCGCCUCUUCUUUCUCCCCUCAGCGGCGCAGCAGCAGACUCCUCCGCCAUUGUCCCUCCGCCUCUUAUUUCUCCCUUCAGCGCGCAGCAGCAGACUACUCCGCCCAUAUUCCUCCGCCUCUUAUUUCUCCCCUUAGCGGUGUUGCAGCAGACUACUCCGCCCAUAUUCCUCCGCCUCUUAUUUCUCCCCUCAGCGGCGCAACAGCAGACUAAUCCGCCCAUAUUCCUCUGCCUCUUAUUUCUCCCCUGA